AUGGACAAGUGCAAACCAGUUGACACUCCUCUGGUUGCAAAUUUAAAGUUGAGCAAGGAUGAUGGGGUUGUGAAAGUUGAUGAAAAAAUGUAUAGAAGUCUGAUUGGGUGGGUACUGUACUUGAUUGCCACCAUACCAGACUUGAUGUUUGCAACAAGCAUUCUCUCAAGAUUCAUGUCCAGCCCGAGUGAAAUUCAUCUCAAGGCAACCAAGAGGGUGCUGAGGUAUGUUAAGGGGAGUAGUGAGCUUGGUGUAUGGUUCAAAAGAACCGAAAAUUUACAGCUUAUUGGGUACUCUGACAGUGAUUGGGCUGGAUGCAUAGAUGACAUGAGGAGUACUUCAGGUUAUGUCUUCUUCAUAAAUUCAGGAGCUAUAUGCUGGCUUUCCAAGAAGCAGGAUACCAUUGCUCAGUCCACAGCAGAAGCAUAA